UGUGAAGUCACAGCUCUCACUGCAAAUUAACUAGUUUAAUUAAGUGGUGCGAAGCAGCUUCCUGCAAUACCUUGCAAACUAAAGACGUGUCAUCGGAUUAGAAUCUAAGCAUCUGUUAUUUCUUCUUUAUGCUUAGCCCUUACAUACUGCUGAAGAGAGGCUUGUCAUAAGGAAAAUCUCACUGAACAAAUACCAGAAAUAUCAAACAGAACUGGCUUUGCUUUCCCACUGUGAUGAAGAAUGUAAAACAUCUGUAUGCAUCUUUAUUUCUGACACUGGUGCAUGUUUGUCUAGCAACUAAAGCAAACUAUGCCCCAUACUUUUUUGACAAUGGUCCUGGCAGCAGUAAUGGGAACAUGGCGAUGUUUAGCCUGUCUGAAGAUACUCCUUUAGGAUCACAUGUUUAUACGCUUAAUGGAAGUGACCCAGAAGGAAAUGCAGUGAUAUAUGGAAUAGCCUUUGAACCAGGAUCAAAGAAAUAUUUUGCAGUUGAUGCACACCUUGGAAAUGUGACAUUGACAGAAGAGCUUGAUCGAGAGAAACAGAAUGAAGUUGAAGUACCGAUCAGCAUUUCUGAUGGCAUCAAUAAGGUUGUUGAAAAAGCUAGAGUUCUCAUCACUGAUGCUAAUGAUGAAAGACCAGAAUUUAUUAACACACCCUACAUAGUUGAUGUACCAGAGAACACACCACCAGGCAGCAGCAUCUUAAAAGUACUAGCUAGAGACCAAGACAUAGGAUCUGGAGGCAGUGUGACAUUUUUGCUACAGAGUACUCACGAUACAAAGUUCAUUAUCGAUCGCUACAGUGGAAUCCUUCGAAUCAGACCUGAUAGCAGCUUAGAUUAUGAAAAAUCAAGAGCUCAUUUUGUUACAAUAAUUGCAAAGGACGGAGGUGGAAAGCUUAGAGGAAAGUACCAGAUUUGGACAUCUAGUGCCACAGUAACAAUUAAUGUUAUAGAUGUGCAAGACACACCUCCAGUCUUUGUUGACUUGCCAUAUUAUGGCUACGUCUAUGAAGAUACAUUGCCAGGAACAGAAGUGUUUACUGUGGUGGCUUAUGAUGGAGAUCGUGGAAAUCCCAAUAGUAUUCAAUAUGCUAUAGUGAAUGGAAGUGAUGGGUCAUUCACUAUAAACAGCACAUCUGGAGCUAUUAUUGUACAAGAUCACACAAGUCAGCUGAAAAAGGAUGUCUACCAACUUCAAAUCCAGGCCACAGAAGUUAGUCCAGAUGGUGUGGCAGGAAUGCAUUCAAAUGCCAUAGUGACUGUCAGAUUUGUUGAUCUAAACAAUCAUCCACCAACCUUUUAUGGUGAGAAUGGGCCACAAAACAGAUUUGAGCUCACUAUGUAUGAGCACCCCCCUGAAGGAGAGAUCCUGAGGGGACUGAAAAUAACAGUGAAUGACUCCGAUCAGGGAGCAAAUGCUAAAUUCAACCUUAGACUUGUGGGACCUGCAAGGAUAUUUCGAGUUGUUCCACACAUUGUACUGAAUGAAGCACAGAUCACUAUCAUAGUAGAAAACUCAGCUGCUUUAGACUAUGAAAAAUACCAGAUGCUGACAUUUAAGCUGUUGGCUGUGGAGAUUGAUACUCCUGAAAAAUUUAGUUCAACUGCCAACAUUGUGAUACAUCUUCUGGACACAAAUGACAACAAACCCACCUUUUCUUCAGAGUACUACAUCGCCAGGAUUCCUGAAAAUUCUCCUGGUGGUUCUAACGUGGUAGCAGUAACAGCUCUUGACACAGAUUCAGGUCUCUGGGGUGAAGUCAAAUAUUCAAUUUAUGGGGAAGGAGAAGAUACAUUUUUAAUCAAUCCCAGCACAGGAAUAAUUUACACACAACCGUGGGCAACACUUGAUGCUGAAAUCAAAUCAAAGUAUAACUUCUAUGUGAAAGCAGAAGACAUUGAGGGAAAGCACAGCUUGGCAGAAGUAUUUGUGACUGUGUUAGAUGUGAAUGACCACUAUCCAGAAUUUAAUGAGAACAUCCUGGAGAAGACAAUGAUUCUUGGGACUCCAGUGAAAAUAGAGGCAAGAGAUGAAGAUGCAGAAGAACCCAACAAUGUUGUUGAAUAUUCAAUAAUGCAAACUGAUCCUGCAAAUGUUUUUGAAAUUAAUGAAAACACUGGAGAAAUCAAACUCAAAUCUUACAUUAAGUCUUUAGACAUCAUUCAUAACAUCACAAAUAAAAAAGACUGCCAAUGGUCUGUAGUUGUCCAAGCAAAGGACCGAGGUUCCCCUUCCUUCAGCACUACAGCUGUGGUCAAGAUUGAUAUCACAGAAGAGGCACUUAGCAAAGGCCCUGUGGCAGCUUUUUUGAUGCAUACUAAAGAUAACCCCAUGAAAGCUCUAGGUGUGCUCACUGGAGUAGUGUGCUUUAUGGUCAUCAUUACUGUUUUUAUCUCAACGGUUAUGUUUUGGCGUAACAAAAAAUCCAACAAAAUCCUGCCAGCAAGACGUGUCAUAAAGAGAAGACAAAAAGAGCCCAAGCAGAAGACUGCCAGAAAAGCAUGGCUGAGAUUCAAACCAUUAAAAAACACUUCUGAGAGGUUUGCCACUCAGGAGUCUGAAAGUAAUUUUCAAAAUAUGAACAGCAAUAAUAACAGUUGGGUAACAUCUGUGCCUCCCUGUGCCCCUGCUCUACCACCUUCACCCCCUUACAUACCCAAACAAUGCAGGCAUGAUGGGAGCUUGCCCACUGUUUCUGGGUCUCUUCUCCAGAACACCAGCCACCAAGUUAAUAAUAAGGGACCCAAUAUUAGCAUUGCUCUUGUAUCAGAACUAAAAUUAAAACUGGAGAAGAAAAUGAGAGAAAAUGCUUAAAACAUUCUGAAUCAUAGCAUUUGUAGUCAGAGGCUUUAUUUCUGAAGAUUAAAAUUAAUGCACAUAUAUUUAUUGUGCAAAUUAUGCCACACUCUUUAAUAAAAUUACUAACCCUGGCUUCCCACAAGAGCAAUAUCCCAAAUUUGGGGAAAUGAAGUACCACUUUUAUGGCAUUCAGAUGAGAUGGUACCCCAGGGAGAGGCAGAGGAAGCAUUUACAUCUGGGGUACACUACUGCACAUUGCUGGAGGUACAAUACUGAUAGCAAACUAGCUAAAGUGCUGUAAUUCCUCACACAGCCCUGCAUACAUAACAUCAUACAUAUAAUUCCCAAGAUGCACUGCUUUAUUAUGAAAGUGAAUGAAAAAGCUGAUUAAUGAACACUUCAGAUGUUUCCCAAACGUUAAUAAAUGGCUGAUACAACUUCUGAAGUACUUUCAGGAUAUUUGGUUUAAAACCAACAGAGAGUUGUUUAUAUAAUAACUUGUAUUGUUGCUGAAGUUCCAGUUUUGAGACAGAUGUUUGUCACGCCAAUGUUUUCCAAGAAAUGAAUUCUUCUCACUAUUAUGUGAUGAUCUGCUACAACAGAAAGAUGUGCAUGAGCCAGUUCUUCAAAUAACAAGAUUUAUGUGAACUGCCUUUACACUGUGCCAGUUUUUGUGGAAAAUUAUUCCACACUAAAUAACAACUUCAGUUAAACUGCAUUUAUUUUAACUUGUUAUCUACACACACAGUGGUCAAAAUGCCUUUGUUUAUUCCCAAAAAUGACUUUAAAAUUAUGACUGAACAAAUUAUGACAGCUUCAACACACACACAAUACACGAGUGACAAUUGUGUAGUAAGAAGUAACAAUAGCUGUGUAUUAAUUGGUAAGGAAAUUUGAAAUCUUACAUUUUCUGAACUAGAAGAUGAUAGAUGAAUUGUUAACUAUAGCAUGUAAUCACUGAAAGUAGAAAAGUAUAGUAGUACUUCAUUAACUAUAUAGACUUUUAUUUUAAAGAAUCAUCUGCUGGGGCUCUCGUUUGCUAUUAUUUACAAAUUGAAAUUCCAUUUUUAUGACCUGCUUUUAUGCAAACUUUCUUGUCAGCACUAGAAUCCCAUUUCAUAUUUUAGUGCAUCUUGUUACAUAAGCCACAUUCAAACUGAUUUUAUGUACAGACCAAUGAAUAAAGCAAGCUAAUUGUUGUACAAGUAAAAUUCCAGAUUCCUCAUGAACCAAGUGUUUCCAGUAAUUGGAUAACCCAAAUUCUGGAAUUGUAUUUAAUUAUUUAUUCAGUUUGGUAACCGGGGUAGAGCACUGUAUUAUUGCAUUGCCUGCUUUUCUCUUGAAUUAAGUAAUAAUGUUUAACAGCAAAAUGUAAAGACACAUACAGGAACAAUAUAACACCUUUUCUGUGUUUUAAUUGGAAACACAUUAAGCAAGGAAUUCAGAUACAAUAAAGGAAGUAUUUCUUGAA